UAUUUUGAUAAUCUAGAAUUUCUACCCAGUUAAUAAUUUCACCUAAUAUUUUCAUUUUUGUCAAUGAAACAACGGUAGUAGUUGUGGAAGCUCUAGGGAUAUUGAGAUAAUCCUCUAGUAGCAGCAAUAAAAAUCAUGUCUAGAGUAUGUUCAAUUGCUUCCAGGUCAGAAUCGUUACUGUCACUUCUUUUUCUCAUCGAGUUAUUGCGAUACUGCGAAGCCUUUGCAACCAGCUGACUCAAUGAAUAGUCAAAGCAUGCAGUUGAGCUAUGCUCUCUGCUCGUCGAUGAUAUUUACGGCGAACUGUCCUCUGUAAGUCCAUCCUCCUCUCCAUUAUAUCUGGAAACUAUUUCGACCAGCCUUGCGUGUAUGAAAAUGACAAGGCUGAAGAAAUCAUCUCUGCUCUAUCAAAUCUGACAUCAUGUAGCGCAUUUUCACUAUUUUACUUCGCAGAGGAAGACUAUCUAUGAUUGCGCUCAAACGACACACCCAACUCACAACGCGACAAUUGAAACUCGGUUUAACGGUCCUCGUUCGACAAAAUCUAGUUUACCAUAACUCAGACGAAGGGGCUGACACCAAUUACGAAGCAAACAUCGAUGCCGCAUAUGCGCUAGUUAGGUCUGGCAAAAUCUUGGAAAUUGCAGAAGAACGCUUUGGAUCUGUUGCGGCCGACAUCAUGGGACAGUUGGUGCUCUUGGGCCAUGCCAAGGUAUCCGACAUAAUCGCAGAGUUGAAUAAGAGCCACGAUACACGCGCCAAUGGCAACGGAAUCAAUGGCGCCACAAAUGGCAAUGGCGUUCAUCCAUAUCACUCGGGUCAAUUGAACCACAUUUUGAUUCAGUUGCUAGAAGAAGGAUUUAUUCAACCUGUUGGCCGGAAUAUGUUUCGAAGCCCGACGGAUAGCUACAAUGCGGCUGAGAAGGCCCUUCUUCAUGAGGAUUACGGAGGAGCCACGAGAGGAACGAAGCAAAAGGAAGAGUUAAGGUCCAGAAUUCGACAACGACUACAAGACUUGAGAGCUGAGGUUCCAAAUUGGAAGCCAGUUGGUUACAACAGGCCUUCUGCCAAUGGUCGCUUGAACGACAUUGCUCCAAAACGAAGGAGGCUCUCCCACAAUGGCACUGCUUCUAAUGGAUAUGAUUUUGGCGAUGAUGAAACUAACAGGCUUGAUGUAGGUUUCCUGCAUUCAUUAUAGCUAACUCUGAUCGCAUGCUAACCUAUCACAAGCGAAAUUUAGUUUUACGCAUCAACCACGAGAAAUGUACCGUCUUCUUGAGAAAUCGACGGCUUGUUGAGCUUGCAAACAACCGGAUUGGCGUAACUACAUCGUAUAUUUAUGCGGAACUCCUCCGACUUAUGGCAGAACAAAUUCCUAGAUGUCGACGCGAUCCGAAGAUUGAUGAUGUUGUAGAUGACCUCGAUGGGCCUUCAAUUAUAAUAACAACCCAAGAAUUAACCGAUGCUCUAAGUAAAACAAUCAACGUAUCUACGGGGAUUGGCAAAGCUACCAGCGAAAAUAAUGAUACUUCCAAACUUGACAAGCUCCAGAAUGGCCGAAAGAGAAAAGCGCGAGAGGUAGAAGAUGAUGGGAGUUCAGAUGAGGAGUCAGAGGGUGACCACAGGUCCUUCGUUAAUGGAAACGGGCAUGCGAUGGACAUUGACGAUGAUCCCUUCGCUGAUCAACCCAGGGUCAACACAAGCAAACGUGCCGUCACUUUCCAGGACCAAGACAGGGCCCCUCCACCAACCGAGAGCCGGCAAGCCCGAAUGAUGCAUGUGAUGAGUCAUCUUCAGUUAUUAGCUGCUGAUGAUUGCCAUCUACUGCGAAAGUGCGGCAGCCGACAAAUGGGCGAGUGGACAGUCGAUUUUGAGCGUGUGUUUGAGCGGCUUCGAGAAUUAGAAAUAGACUCGAUUAUACAUGAGAAUUUUGGCCAGAUUGGUCAUCGGCUUAUACGAGUUAUGAGGAAGAUGGGAAAGCUUGAGGAAAAGCAUAUUGCCAAAGUAGCGUUGGUUAAACAGCAGGACUCCCGGACUAAACUUGUGGAAAUGCAAAUGCAUGGCAUGGUUGAUGUUCAGGAAGUUCCCAGGGAUGCCGGCCGCAUGAUUGUGCGUACUAUAUUUUUGUGGUUCUGCGAUCAAGACCGGGUUUCCUCCCUAUUAUUGGAUCGAACUUACAAGGCCAUGGCAAGAUGUCUCCAACGACUUGACGUGGAGAAGCGGCGCAAAGCAGAUAUUAUUGCAUUGUCAGAGCGUACAGAUGUUCAAGGUCAAGAGGAGGCUAUACUUCGACCAGAACAGAUGAAUCAGUUGCGUGAGAUCCGAAGGAAGGAAGAAGAUCUUUUAGGGCAGAUUGGUAGACUCGAUGAUUUGGUAGGCGUAUUUCAGGAUUAUUAACCAUGAUAGUGGGUUUGGUUUGGCACUUGAGCGUUCUUAAUUUCUUUCACAUUGGGCGGCGCCAUUCUACUGCAUAAGAAAGGCGUUCUAGUAUAGUCGAACAGCACUGAAUAUUUCCAGUCGACUCAUGACUUUCAGAUAUCAUAAGAUCACUUCACAGGCUAUAUGAGUUGCCUAGGUAAAUACUAAAAACUUGCAAAAUGUAUGCUGCAUGUACUGAGGAAUGGCAGAUGUUUCGCUUCAUCCCCCUGGCUAAUUGAACCCAUUGAAGACCAA